AUGAGCAGCCGUAUCUGUGUGGCGGUGCGCAAGCGUCCCAUCGCGGACCCGGAGCUGGACAUCGUCGAGACGCCAACACCGCGGUGCAUCGUGAAUGAGCCGAAGAUAAAGUACGACCUCUCGCCCUACACGGACCGGCACACCUUUACUUUCGAUGAGGUGUUCGGGGAGACCUGCAACAACGCCAGCGUGUACCAGCGCUGCUGUCUGCCACUCAUCGACACCGUAUUCAACUACGGUAACGCCACGUGCUUUGCCUACGGGCAGACCGGAUCGGGCAAGACGUACACCAUGCUGGGCUCGCAGAAAGAGCCGGGGCUGUAUGCCAUCGCGGCGCGCGAGAUCUUCGCACGUGCCAACGGUAUCGAUGCCGUCGUCUACGUCUCCUUCUACGAAAUUUACGGCCGGAAAAUAUUUGAUCUCCUCAACAACCGAAAGCGGCUUUUCGCUCGCGAGGACGCGGACAAGGUGAUCAACAUUUGCGGGCUCAGCGAGCAUCAGGUGACGGACAUCCAGGAGAUCUUCGACGUGAUUACGGCGGGCAGUGCAUACCGUGCGGCGGGUCAGACAAGCGCCAACGCCGAGAGUAGCCGCUCCCACGCCGUGCUGCAGGUGGAGGUGCGAGAAACGCGGAGCGCCAACGCACGGCGUGCGCCAAAGACGAUUGGUCGUAUCUCCUUCAUCGACUUGGCGGGUAACGAGCGCGGCGCCGACACAUUUGACUGCGACCGCAAGACGCGAAUGGAGGGUGCGGAGAUCAACAAGUCUCUCCUGGCCCUGAAAGAGUGCAUUCGGGCCCUCGGGAUGGGCAAGAGCCACGUUCCAUUUCGGGGGUCUAUCUUGACGGAGGUGCUGCGAGACUCCUUCACCGGCAACAGCCGCACCACCAUGAUCUCCACCAUUUCACCAUCCUCGCAGCACUGCGUGAACACGCUCAACACGUUGCGCUACACCCAGCGCGUGAAGGACCUUGGCAGCGGCGGCAUCGGUGGUGGUGCGAAGAUUGAGCAAGUGGCCGGCAGCCCGCCCGGACGCCGGCCCGCUGCGCCGCGCCGAAAGCCCUUUGAGGCGCUUCCUGCGAAGAACCGCCCAGAAUGGGUGUCAGACUUCGCCUCUGACCCAUCACCUGACAUGUCCCCGUCCGAGAAUGGCGGCUACGGCGGAGAGAGUGACGGGGUCGCGGCGUGUGCUGCGCCGCGGAACGCCGCCAAGCCCCGCGGUCGGCAGCCGUCGGUGGGUCGUAGCGGCGGCACGCCCCCGUCGGUCGCAGGCGUGGUGAAGGUGAAGGACCCGAAAAUCGCGACGAUUGUGCAGAACCACAUCGCCGCCCUGGAGUCCGACGACGAAGACGACGACAUUGAUGACGACUGCGGCAACUCCCCGCGCGCUGUGGAAGGCGGUGGUGUGAUGCAGCGGGAGGAGGAGCGUCAGGUGCGCAAAGUGCACGCCUACGUAGUCGAGGAAAUUGCAAAGGCGGAGGAUAAGCUCAUUGCACUGCACCGCCGGCACAUCGACUCCAAGAUGACCGGUAUCAAGGAGGAGAUCACGGCGAUCCAGUCUUUUGAGGAAUCUGACUCAGUUGACGAGUACGUGACGCGGGUUCAGGUACUGCUGAUGAAGCAGCGGGACGACAUGAACGAGAUCUUGGCGAUGCUGAGCGGCAUUGGGUCGAUGCUGCGCGAUGAGGAGGACCUCUCCAAGACGCUCACUUCAAGCGUGAGUGCGCGGCGAUGA